CUUCACCCAAGAAGACUUAUUGCAGCCUCAAAUCUCAGUACAAUCAUUUCAUAUGGUCAAAGAUUCGGCCUUGCCAUAUUCUCCAUCAAUAACACCGCUGGCCUCGCAUGGUUCUUGCCAAGUUUCUAUGUCAUGACGUAGGCCUAGCAGCACACGAGGAAGUAGCCAUGGCACCGCCACUUCAGCAGUCUUAUCAGUUGCAAUAUGCAAUAUAGACGAGGAAAUGCCCCUCUUGCGAUGAGACUCUUUAACCUGGUCCUCGGAAAUCCCUGCCUAUGUCACAUUGAAAAAGAUAGUUGACAACAGCUGCGACAUACCCACGCCAACAAUGGCGCGACACACACAACUAAGAAAUAAUGAACGUCGAAGACAAAGAACAUCCACGCUCGUUGCCCUCACCGCGCUUCUCGUCCCUGUUCUCGCUCAAGAUAACAAGCGUGGCUUCGCCUACGUCGGAAAUACUAACGAGGCCGACAACAACAUCCUCACCUCCUCCCGCACGCCACUUAAAUGGUACUACAAUUGGGCACCCUCUCCACCACCGCAGGUUCCCUCUAAGAAUCUAGAGUUCGUCCCUCUAAUCCACGGCCUCGAUGAAGCAUCCUCAGACUCAAUAUCUCGCCAACUCUCCGCACUCCCAGACUCCUCUACCCACCUGUUAAGUUUCAACGAACCGGACGGCACAACCGAGAGCGGCGGGAGCAGCAUAAGUCCCGAAGACGCCGCGAAAGCGUACAUCGAGCACAUUACCAAGUUCCGGGACGGCGAGUCCGGUGAACGCAAGUGGAAGAUCAGCCACCCCAGCGUGACAGGUUCAGGGAAUGGGCUGGAGUGGUUAAAAAGCUUCAACGCGUCGUGCUACGACAUCGACUCGGAGAGUGGGUGCCCCACGGACUUUAUCGCCGCGCACUGGUACGGGGCGUUUGACGGGCUUGCGUCGUGGCUGGGGACGCUGGAUGAGUUCUACAACACCAAUGGCUCGCGUGAAGGGGACGAUAGGCUGAAGAUCUGGGUUACAGAGUUGGCGUUGCCGCAGCAGGAUGCGCAGACGACUGUGCAGAUGAUGAAUGCGACGUUGCCAUAUCUGGAUGGCUUGGAUUAUGUGGAGAAGUAUGCGUGGUUUGGAGCUUUUAGGGAAGGUGAUGCGAAUGAGUGGACUGGGGAUGGGGUGGCGUUGUUUGAUGAUGAUGGGGGGUUGACGGAGUUGGGGGCUUUGUAUUUGGGCGGGGAGCAGAAUGGGUUUGCGGAGGGACAGAAGGGCGAGGGCGAAGGUACGGCGGGACAGUUAUUGGUGGAGUGGCGGUUGAUGUUGGUAUUGUCGCUGACUGCAAUGUGGUUCAGCAAUUACUGGUAG